AUGAAUGCGGAGAAGCCUGUUUUAACUGAUGUGUAUGUGAUGGAGAUCUCUCUUGAAGCAGACACAAACCCUGAAACCGAUGUGGUGGCGACACCUACAAUAGCAGGUGAAGUGGUGACGGAUGGUGAGAAGUCGAAGAAGCGAGCUAAGCCUCCAUGGGCAUUACAUUCUCAGUAUUCUCAGGUGGUUGAAGUAACUGGGAUCCCUAGCCUCAAGUGGUUUGGGGUUCAAGGAGACUACAAUGCGAUGGUGAUUGAUCUGCUUGGGCCGAGUUUGGAGGAUUUGUUCAAUUAUUGUAACAUGAAACUAACUUUGACGUUAGCUCUGAUGCUUGCAGAUCAACUUAUUAGAAGAGUUGAGUAUAUCAAUUCAAGGGGGUUUCUUCACCGUAACAUCAAACUAGACAAUUUCUUGAUGGGACUUGGUCGCAAAGCAAACGAGGUGUAUAUCAUUGAUUUUGGCCUUGCAAAGAAAUAUAGGGAUCUCCAAACACAUACACAUCCCCUACAUAGAAAACAAGAACCUUACGGGAACAGUUCGAUAUGCUAG